GCCGGCGAUGGCGGCCGUUUUGUCCCCUCGGGUGUGUGACAGCGACCCGGCCACGCCUGGAGCCCAGUCUUUAAAGGAUGACACAGAAGAAAAUUCAAAUGAUGGCAGCCAACCUUCUAAAAGACGACGAAUGGGCUCUGGGGACAGCUCACGAAGCUGUGAAACCUCAAGUCAAGAUCUUAGCUUUAGCUACUUUCCAGCUGAAAAUCUUAUAGAAUACAAAUGGCCACCUGAUGAGACCGGAGAAUACUACAUGCUUCAAGAACAAGUCAGUGAAUACUUGGGUGUGACCUCCUUUAAGCGAAAAUAUCCAGAUUUAGAAAGACGAGAUUUAUCUCACAAAGAGAAACUCUACCUCAGAGAGUUAAAUGUGAUUACAGAAACACAGUGCACCUUAGGUCUAACAGCCUUACGAAGUGAUGAAGUAAUUGAUCUGAUGAUUAAAGAAUACCCUGCCAAACAUGCUGAGUAUUCUGUCAUACUUCAAGAAAAAGAACGUCAGCGAAUAACCGAUCACUAUAAAGAGUAUUCUCAAAUGCAACAGCAGAACACGCAAAAAGUCGAAGCAAGUAAAGUUCCAGAAUAUAUUAAGAAAGCUGCCAAGAAAGCUGCUGAGUUUAACAGUAACUUAAACCGUGAACGAAUGGAAGAAAGAAGGGCCUAUUUUGAUUUACAGACACAUGUUAUUCAGGUACCUCAAGGAAAAUAUAAAAUCUUACCUACUGAACGGACAAAAGUUAGCCCUUAUCCAGUGGCUCUUAUCCCAGGCCAGUUUCAAGAGUACUACAAAAGAUAUUCCCCAGAUGAGCUCCGAUAUUUGCCGCUAAAUACAGCUCUGUAUGAGCCUCCUUUAGAUCCAGAGCUACCUGCAUUGGAUAGUGAUGGAGAUUCUGAUGAUGUGGAAGAGAGAGGUGAUGAAAAGCGUAAAAUCAAAGGCAACUCGGACAACUCAUCUGGCAACGUAUCUGAAGGAGAAUGUGCCCCUGAAAACCAGGAGGAAUCAUUUCAGGGAAGACAAAAAACGAGGGAGAAGAACUCUACUCCAAGAAAAGAAGGCUCCAAACGUUCUGUAUCCAAAUCAGUUCCUGGGUACAAGCCAAAGGCCAUUCCAAAUGCUAUAUGUGGAAUUUGUCUGAAGGGUAAGGAGUCCAACAAGAAAGGGAAGGCCGAAGCCCUAAUACACUGCUCCCAGUGUGAAAACAGUGGCCACCCCACCUGUCUGGAUAUGUCUGCAGAGCUUGUUGCCAUAAUUAAGACGUACCCUUGGCAAUGUAUGGAGUGUAAAGCAUGCAUUAUAUGUGGACAGCCUCAUCAUGAGGAAGAAAUGAUGUUCUGUGAUGUGUGUGACCGUGGCUAUCAUACGUUUUGUGUGGGGCUUGGUGCUAUACCCUCAGGUCGCUGGAUUUGUGACUGUUGUGAAAGGCAGCCCCCAAUUCCCAGGGGUAGAGGAAGAAGAGGGAAGAACAGUAAAGAAGGCUAAACUCAGUACCUUAUAUGUAAAACUGCACAAAGCUAGGAGCUAAAUUUGGUGCUAUUUAACUUACCACUCUGUAUAAGGAAAAAUACCACUCAAAUGUUUUUCACCAAAUAAAAAUUUAAGUUUUAAAGAUGGGGGAAGAUGCUUGUAAUAGAAAGCAGUGGGGGAAGAUGCUUGUAAUAGAAAGCAGUGGGUGAACACUAGGUGUCUAGUCUAUAAAUGCAACUUGUCAAAAGUGUGUUGCAUGUAUCUCUACUGCCCAGCAGUUAUUUCUACAGAGAAACAGCUCUUCUUUGUUCUACAUCUCAGUCAAAGUAAAUGAAAAGAUUGAAUUACCAGCAAGCAAUUACUGUUAUUUCACUUACUAUCAUGGCAGCUCCUGAAAUUUUGCUCCCAAGGGCCAUAAAGCACUACAAGCCUCUUGGAGCAAAGUCGGUGCUCAUGGAGCCAAGUACUAGAUGUGGUGGAAGUAAUCAUAUGUCUGAUAUACCCAUCUAUAAACUAGGAGAAAAUCAGGGGGUGGAGAUGUUAUCAACCUGAACACAUGAGAGAAGGGCUUCAACUCUUCCCCAUUAUAAUUACCUGAGUUUGGAUACUCUGUUCUUCAUCUCUGGCACUAAAACUGGCAAUGAACCAGUUAUAGACAAGCUAAAUUUGGUGCUAUUUAACUUACCACUCUGUAAGACCACUUAGUUUAUACAUGAAUGGGGCAGAUAUGUGAAAAACACAUUUUUACACAGUGAAGUCCACCUUGGCCG